AUGCCUCGGGGCCAGAAGAGUAAGCUUCGUGCCCGCGAGAAACGCCGCCAGGCCCGAGAAAAGCCCAAGGAUCCAGCAGGUGCUCAAGCCACUCGACCAGAGGAAGAAGAGUCCCCUUCUUCCCCAUCUUCUGAUCUCGAGAAUGUUCCGCCGAGUUCACCUGCCACUGAAAUACCCAGCCAUCCUCCAGUGCCUGGGGGUGUCCACUCUACCACCACUGCUGCAGCUGCUUCAAACGCAAGCCUUAAUGAAGGUGCCAACAAUCAAGUGGCAGAAAGGUCAGAUGCCGCACAGGCACAGGCUACCACUGAGGAGUGGCCUAAAGGCCCCCUGGAAAAAAAGGUGGUCAUGUUGGUGCACUACCUGCUGUACAAGUAUCAAAUGAAAGAGCCUGUUACCAAGACAGAGAUGCUGAGAAAUGUAAUCCAAGUGUACAAGCCUCACUUCCAUGAUAUCUUUAAGAGAGCCUCUGAGCACCUGGAGAUGGUCUUCGGCCUUGACGUGAAGGAAGUGGAUCCCAAUAGGAGUACCUAUGUCCUCGUCAACAAGCUCGACCUAACCUGUGAUGCGCGAGAUAACAGAGGUGUGCCCAACACCGGUGUGCUGUUGACUGUCCUGGGCGUGAUCUUCACCAGCGGGAACCGCGCCACUGAAGAGCAAGUCUGGGAAGUGAUGAAUAUGUUGGGGUUAUAUGCUGGAAUAAAUAAUUUAAUCUAUGGAGACCCCAAGAAGCUCCUUACAGAAGAUUUUGUGCAGCAAAAGUACCUGGAGUACCGCCAGGUGCCAGGCAGUGAUCCUCCACGCUACGAGUUCCUGUGGGGCCCAAGAGCUUACGCUGAGACCACCAAGAUGAAAGUGCUGGAGUUUGUGGCCAAGAUCCACUAUACCGAACUGACUGCCUUCCCAAACCUGUAUGAGGAGGCUUUGAGAGAUGAGGAGGAGAGAGCACGGGCCAGAGCAGCAGCCAGGGCUCAUACUGCUGCCACCGCCAGUGCACGCGCCAAGGCCAAGACCAAG